AUGGACAACAGUUUGGUGAAGCGAAUAUAUCGUUGCCUGUGGCAAAUUCUGCACUUUCUAUGUUCACUCUAUGAAGUUUGUCUGUGGUUGCGCUUACGAAUUAUUGCGUUUGCUUUAUGGUCAUAUGAUCUGUGUCAAACACAAACAAGACGACAACAAAAGGAACAUGAUUUCUUAAAACAAUGUAAACGGCAGCUGAGUAAAAUUCCCAAACAUCUUAAUUUAAUAAUUGGACCCGAAGUCCAGGGCGAAGUGAAUGAGGAGCUGCUGACACGUUUGUUCACCUAUGCUCUCUAUAUGAAUAUAGAAUGUGUUAGCUUUUAUGAUACCCGUUCAAUGGUAACAACAAAGUCGUCUGAGCUCAGCAAUGCGAAAGCAAUAAAUUUGUGUAAAAUAAAAUGUCCCGAUGGUUGGAAAAGUAAAAAUUUGGAUGAUCAACAUACGAUUUGGUAUUUGGCUAAAAAUGAAUCGACGAAUGGUGUUAAUAAUCAUUCAAAUGGUUGUUUACCCACCGCAAACGGAUGUUCCAAGCUGACUACUAACGGCCAUGUAUCUACGGGAAGUAAUGGCACCAAACAUGAACAGUCCUCGUCGUCACUAAUGAUUUACCAAAUCCAAUCAAACGACAACCAUUCCCUGAUAUCAGAUGUAUGUCGUACUCUAUUCCGCCAACGGCAUACAAAUGAAAUACAACAACUAUUACAACAUAGAGCGCAACUUACCGAAUACAUUGAUACAGAAAUUAAACAACAUUUGCAGAACGUAAGUGAGCCCGAACUGAGUAUAGUAUUUAGUGAAACACUGUGUACCUUUGGAACAUUGCCAUGGCAUACCAGGUUCACUGAAUUUCAACGUUAUCCAAGUGGUAAAUAUUUUAAUGUUGAAUCAUUUGCCACAAUACUCUAUAAAUAUUCAAGAUGCGAACAAAGAUGGGGUAAAUAGUUUCCUACAUACUAGAAACAUUUA